UUGAUAUAUUUGUUAUAACUUUUCGAAUGCGGUAUAAUAGAAGAUUUUCGGUUAAAUUAAACCACAUAACCACAGUCUUAAAGAUUCCAUAUAAGUUAACUAUAGAAUAUACUAAAUCAUCACGCCUAAUCUAUAGUUGCAAGUCCUUGCUAAAAUGGGAGUUAUCGUUUACGUUUCCAGCGUUUCAAGUAGCACUGAGCUCAAAAAACACCAACAGAAAAUAACAAUGGUUUUAGAUGGGAAAAAAAUUCCUUAUGAAGUAAAGGACAUAGCAUCAUCUGAAGAAGCUAAAACUGAAAUGAAACAUUUAGCUGGAGUUGAUGCUCAUCCACCUCAAAUUGCAAAUGACAAUGUUUAUUGUGGUGAUUUUUUUGGAUUUGAUGAGGCAGUUGAAUCAGAAGAAUUAACGCAGUUUUUGAAGUUAUAAAUUUAUUGAUAUAUUUUUUUUUUUAAAUAUCGACUCGUAAUCUUAUAAAUCUUGUAAUUAAUGUAUUGAAAAAUAUAAAUAUAUAUAGACAAA